AUGGUAAAGAAGUUUCCUCGACCAAACUUAUCGAAAUUAUUCAACAACACCGCCAUGUCUGUCCAUAGAGAGAAAAUUGACGUUACCCAAUUACCGCAUCACUAUGAUGGUCAAGUGACUCUUGCUGUUAUUGGAGGUACUGGAUUAUACGAUUUGCCCAAUUUACACCCAAUUGCAAGGUUGACUAUUAGUACACCGUGGGGUUUUCCCUCAAGCCCCAUCACCAUCUCCAAGACUGAUCUGGGAUUCCCCGUGGCAUUUUUAGCCAGACACGGUCAACAUCAUGAUUUGUUACCUAGUGAUGUUCCGUCAAGGGCCAACAUUGCUGCAUUGAAGAAAUUGGGAGUCAAGGCAAUUGUUGCGUUUUCAGCUGUUGGGUCCUUGCAACAGGAAAUUAAACCGAGAGAUUUCGUCUUGCCAACGCAAAUCAUUGAUAGAACUAAAGGUAUCAGACCAUCAACUUUUUUCGAAAAGGGGUUUGUGGCUCAUGCCAUGUUUGGUGAGCCAUUUGAUUUGAAAUUGAACGCGCUUAUUGCUAAUGCUAUUCCAUCUGAGGGGUUUCUUGAAGGGUUUGAUAAACAAGAUGCUAAUCCAACUUUACAUACCAAAGAACAAACCAACAACGGAGAGGAUUUGACAGUUGUGUGUAUGGAAGGACCACAAUUCUCCACUCGUGCUGAGUCGAAGUUGUAUCGUUCAUGGGGUGGAUCCAUUAUCAACAUGUCAGUAUUGCCCGAAGCCAAAUUGGCAAGAGAAGCAGAGAUUGCUUAUCAAAUGAUUUGUAUGUCAACUGAUUAUGAUUCAUGGAAUGAGAGUGAAGAACCAGUCACCGUAGAAACCGUUGUUGGCAACUUGAAAGCCAAUUCGGCCAAUGCUUGUAAAUUGGCAGCAAAAUUGAUCGAUGAAUUUGCCGAAAAAGGUGGUGCAAUUGGCGAUGAUAUUCAAGGAUCAAUGAAGUUUGCUGUAAGUACUAGUCCUCAUGGGGUUAAGAAGGAGUUGUUGGAAAAGAUGCAUUUCUUGUUUCCUGGUUAUUGGCAAGUUUAG